GUUCAACCCAUCACGUCCCUCGCACUGAGAAAACAGGAUCGCGUGACUUCAAUCCUAAAAUCCCCAUUGGAGAUUCAGAAUUUGGCAUCCUUUCUAUAACUUGACGUUCCAGGUCUCACUCGAAAAAGGCAUGCUCAAUAAUAUACUUAAUAUACUGGAAAGAUGGCAUCCCCGCAGAGACAAAAAGAUGACUGAACCAUGCUUUCCUCAAGAGAUCUUCGAUGCUAUCAUCGACCAAUUAAAGGACGACACCGACACUUUGAAGGAAAUCUCCCUCGCAUCAACGAUCCUGUCUCCAAGGACCCGCGUUCAUCUAUUCUCUUCCGCGAACCUAUCCAGCAAAACAGACUGCGUGCGCCUUCGAAAACUAAUCACCCAAUCCCCACACCUUGCACGCUACUUCACCUCACUCACCUUCGAAUUCCACUCUCGGUCCGUCGCGAGAUCGCUUCCCGCCAAAAUUCUCCGCAAACUCGUCAACAUAAGAGAGCUAACACUGAUCUUGGGUGAUUUCUCCAACUUCCGCCCUUCUGUCAUCUCUGCCCUCGGAGCUCGUUCAUACACAUCCCUCGCCUUGAUCCUCAUAGAUUUCGACUCAGUCACAGACAUCUGCCCCCUGACGCGCAACUCCCCUUCUCUCAAAACUAUGCACAUCGUAGCUCCGCGUUUUUUUGGUCUCGACGUUCCUUGCGAUCAUGAGGGUGUUGUCCCUUCUCCGACCUCCCUGAGUAUCACUGACACCGAGAGCGAUGCUGGAACCAUUUUAGGAUCAAUCCUCUCACCGCGUCAGUGCCCCAUCUCCAUGGAAAGAGUCGAUACUUUGCUUAUCCUGAUUUCCCAUACCAACCCUGCCCUCAUCGAACAACUCAACCAUUUCCUGGAUGAAAUGAGCGUCGAGCGGGCUUUGACUUCCUUCCAUGUCACCCAUACAAGCACAGUACCUCCAACUCUGACACUUCACAUUUCCCACGUCAACACCCUUAUGAUCGACAUAUCCGCCUAUCGCAAUAGCGACGAGCCAAAAUCCAUCAUAGGCUGGUGGAUAACAGCCUUCCUCGAUAUCGAAGCUGACUGUGCUCUCGAAGUCGUACGCCUGAAGAUAGAUGUCAAGAAUAUGCCGUCACUCUCCGCACCUGACUACGGGGACAUGUGGAAGCAGAUGAACGAGGCCCUUCAUAGAAUACCUUCCCUAAAGACCGUAGACCUCGCGUUCUAUAAUAUGUCACCAGACUGGCCUUGGGAUGAGGCAGAGGCGCGGAUGAUAGAAGGCUUCAAGAUGAGGGAUCCUCAGCGGGAGCUCAAUAUCCAUGUUACCACAUUCUCCUCAUCGCUACCCCUCUUCAGCUUCGGGUCUUGCAACUGCACGAAAGGUGAUGCAGAUCAGUGAUUACUGACCUCGACAGGCGUUUGAAAAGGAUAAUACUUGAUUGGAUAAACCAAAACUGUAUCAGGGAAAUUUCUUUCAUUCUAUAUAAUCAUUUGAG